AUUAUUCCUUACUUCAGUUGUUUUUUUUUCGCUACUUCAUUGAUGGAAGUUCAUCACAAACUUCGUCAUGUUGGCUUUAAAUUAGAGAAAAAUCACUUUUUGUUUUAGGGAUGUGUUUUUUUAAGUGUAUUCUAUAAGUUUUCACUUUUAUUUAUCAGCAAUUUUACUGUCAUUUUUAUAAAUUGAUUUUUGUGUUUCUGUACCAAAAGAAAUGUCUGAUGAAACUACCCCUUCUUUUCACACAAUUGUUAUCAAAAGAGAAGAAACAGAGCAGAUCUAUUAUGAUGGCUAUGUUCAUGUGAAACAAGAAGAAUUGCUUAUCCCAGAUGAAGUAUCAGCAGAUGUUAUCAUAGAAGAGGAGAAACCAAUUAUUGAUGACACAGGUGGUCUUACUCACAUGAAACAAGAACUGCUUUUCCCAGAUGAAGGUGCCAAGGAUAACAGCUAUAGAGGCGAGAUGUCCAAUCAAUGUCCUCACUGGGAUUAUAAAUCAGUACAUUCUACAGAUAUAAAAGGACAUAUGAUGUUCCAUCAUACAGAUGAGAAGCCUUAUCAAUGUCCUUAUUCUAACGAUCAAUCUGCUAAUUUUGAAAAUAUGAAAAGACAUAUAAAUGUUCAUCAUAAAGUUGAGAAGUUAUAUCAGUGUCCUCACUGUCAUCAUAAAUCAGUACAAUCUGGAAAUAUGAAGAACCAUAUAAUAUCCCGUCAUACAGGCGAGAAGCCUUAUCAAUGUCCUCACUGUGACCAUAAAUCUAUUACGCAUUGUGCUAUGAAUAUGCACAUAAUGGCCCGUCAUACAAGUGAGAAACCUUAUCAGUGUCCUAACUGUGUCUAUAAAACAAUUACACCUCUAGGGUUAAAAAAUCAUAUGAUGGCUCGUCAUACAGGCGAGAGGCCUCAUCACUGUCCUCAUUGCGACUAUAAAGCAGUAAGAAUAAAUCAUCUUAAACGUCAUAUAAUGGUCCAUCAUACAGAUGAAAAGCCUUAUCACUGUCUUCAUUGUGACUUUAAAUCAGUUACACGUUAUGAAUUGAAAAAACAUACAACUCUCCAUCAUACAGGUGAGAAACGUCAUCACUGUCCUCAUUGUGACUUUAAAUCUUGUACAUCUCGAGAAAUGAAAAAACAUAUAAUAGUUCAUCAUGCAGGUGAGAAGGCUCAUCACUGUCCUCAUUGUGACUUUAAAACAGCUACGCCUCGAGAAUUCAAAAACCAUUUGAUGGCUCGUCAUACAGGUGAAAAGCCUCAUCACUGUCCCCAUUGUGAUUAUAAAACUGUUACAUCUCAAUGUUUGAAAAAACAUAUAAUUGCCCAUCAUACAGAGGAGAAACCCUAUCACUGUCCUCAAUGUUAUUACAAAUCUAUUACAUCUCAAGAUUUGAAAAGACAUAUAAUGGCACGUCACACAGAUGAGAAGCCUCAUCAAUGUCCUCACUGUGAAUAUAAAUCUGUACAAUUCAUUAGUAUGAAAAGUCAUAUAAUGGUCCACCAUACUGGUGAGAAGCCAUAUAAAUGUCCCCACUGUGACUACAAAACUGUUACAUCUCAUUGUUUAAAAAAACAUGUAAUAGCACGUCAUACAUCUGAGAAGCCUCAUCAGUGACGUUACCUAAUCUAUUGUGAUUUUAAAUUAGUACAAUCUGGAAGUAUGAAAAAUCUAAUUACAAGUAAGAAGGAUUAUAAAUAUUCUCUUUGUGACAGUAAAUAUAUUAUUCAUCAAGUCUUUGAAAUACAAAUAAUACAGGUGAGAAGCCUCACCAAUGUGGGUCAUUAAACAUGAGAACAGAUACUGAGAAUAAAAAUUGUUAUUAACCAAUAAUCUGAAAAUUCAGGUUAGUCAUCUAUAAUUUCACCCUGAAUCUCACUCUGUACCUGAGAAGCUCCACCACUGACAUUCAUGUUAUGGAUCUAUUUUGUUACAUAUAUUCAAAUUCAAAAUAAAUAUUAAUGACUAAUUUGGAAGGAAGAAGCCUUAUAAAUGUCUGCUUUGUAAUUGAGUACCAUUCUUGAGAAACCUGCGAACCCACAAAAUGGUUGGCAACAAAUCUUCUUUUAUAUCAUUCUAACCUAAAAUGGGCCAUUAUUAUGAUUUGCAGAAAUCAAUAAUUCCAAAUCAAAAGGACGUCAUAAAGCUGACCGUAAACCAAGCGACUGCAUUUCAUUUUGAAAUUAUUUAGUUAUAGCAAAACUCAUCCAACAAACUCGGUAGUUUUCUGUUUACCAAGUUUACUUUAAUUCAACUAAAAAGAAAUAUCUAUCAGCAUGAUAUAUUUACAUAAACUUAUCUGAAUAAACAUAUCACUAAAGAGGAGGCCCACCAGAGGUUGGAAUGGAGUAACUACAAAAGAACAAAUUUUUUUCGUUGUUGGCAAAGAAGAAAAUAAGAAAACAAAUUUACUGUUUAAUUGUUUAAUUUUGACAAAAAACAAUAUUCCCCUUUUUAACUUCUUUAGCAUCAGUGUCAUUAAACAUGUACUAUCUAAUUUCUAACCAAUUGGAUUAAGUUAAAAAAUUUAUAAAUAACCUCCAGAUCCAUAUAAUUAUUGCCCUAACACAACCAUUAUAUUCUUAAUAAUUGCAUUAAUUUUAAUUGCAGGCUGAUGGUUGUCUUUAGUGAAUAAUGAAGAGAAGGAUGGUUGGGGUGAUCAGUCACAUUAUUAAAUUAAUAUUAUUAUUUAUUUUUGCCAUUUUUAUUAUAACUGAUCACCCCAACCAUCCUUCUCUUCAUUUAUUUUUAACUUCAUCUUACUUAUACAGGCAUAUGUAAUAUGGAUUAUUAUAGAAUUAUUGAUGUUGUUAGAAUUAAUUUUAAAAACACACGAUGUACAUUGUUGAAAAUAUAUCGAUUGAUUUAUUUGGAACUUACUCAACCUUUCUUUUUGUCUAUACACAAUCACAGAACCAUACAGCAUAUCAAGAAAAAAUAUAUUUGUGCAUAUUUAAGCAAAAUUAGUAAAUGGAAUUAAAUAAAAUUGAUACACUAAUCCCUUCACUUUAUUCAAUAAUCCAUAACUUCAUUCCAGACCAAAUGAAAUGAGUUUUUUUAAAAAUAUAUUUGUGCAUGGUGUAUGGUUAACUAAAAAUAUUGGAUGGAAAUUAAUUUGGAAUCAACUUUGUACCAUACUGCACAUUCCGUGAAAAUUCGAAUUUAUGGCAAUAGGAUACUAUGCCUGUCACUUGAAUUUUACCACAGACAUACACAGAACCAAUUUUGUUUCUUAAUGUAUAAAACAUAAAACACAAGUGAAAAUUUUCAAUUCAGAGCACUAAGAAUUUUUAUAUCUGCCAUAAGGAGACAAAGUUUGUCUACCUUUUCGUUUAAGUUUUUUAUUU